AUGACAUGCGAAUCGUUACGAAUAGAGCAGGUGGAUGCAAACAUCUUGGAUCGCGAGUAUAAGCAAUUAGUUGAGCAACAACUUUCUGCUCUCGCAAUCGAACUCCCAGUUUCGAUCAGCCGCAUUUGGGAAAACAUUAAGCCUGAAGUACGAUUGCUAAUUGAUGGAGUAUUGUGGACUUCACGAGCUUACAGAGGUAAUCGAUAUUAG